CGCCUCAGCGCCCAACAUGACCACCAGCGAGCGCAGAGUGAUCGUCCCUGCAGAUCCGAGCCUGUGGUCGGCGGAUCACGUGUGUCAGUGGCUGGAAUGGGCCGUGAAGGAGUACGGGCUUCCCGAGGUGGACCUGUCUCUCUUCCACAGCAUCGACGGGAAGGAGCUCUGCAAGAUGAGCAAAGACGACGUCCAGCGUCUGACCAGCAGCUACACGGCUGACAUCCUGCUGUCUCACCUGCACUACCUCAGAGAGACUCCACUUCCUCACUUGACCUCAGAUGAUGUUGACAAAGCCUUGCAAAACUCCCCGCGGUUAAUGCAUGCUCGUAAUACAGGAGGAGCCAGCUUCAUCUUCCCAAACACCUCCGUCUUCCCUCCAGACGCCAGCAGAGGACCCAGCCGAGCAGACGUGAGUUUCGACGCCAGGCGCUCUGGAUGGACUCAGCCGGCGUCUGCAGCUAAAGUUUCUCCGAGUUCUGCUGCCAUCAUGACCAAAACCGAAGAGCAGAGAGCUCAGUUAGAUCCAUAUCAGAUUUUAGGGCCGACAAGCAGCAGGCUGGCGAAUCCAGGUGAGAGUCAAAGAUGUUCGGGUCAGAUCCAGCUGUGGCAGUUCCUCCUGGAGCUUCUCUCCAACAGCUCCAACUCGUCCUGCAUCACGUGGGAAGGAACCAACGGCGAGUUCAAGAUGACGGAUCCGGACGAGGUGGCGCGGCGCUGGGGCGAGAGGAAGAGCAAGCCCAACAUGAACUACGACAAGCUGAGCCGAGCCCUGCGCUACUACUACGACAAGAACAUCAUGACCAAAGUGCACGGCAAGCGCUACGCCUACAAGUUUGACUUCCACGGCAUCGCGCAGGCCCUGCAGCCGCAUCCGCCCGACUCCUCCAUCUACAAGUACCCCGCCGAGCUGUCCUACAUGAGCACGUACCCGCACCCGCAGAAGAUGAGCUUCGUGUCUCCACACACUCAGGCCAUGAACGUCGCCUCGUCCGGCUUCUUCGGCGGCCCGGGUCCGUACUGGAACGCUCCGGCGGCGGCGGGAAUCUACAGCGGACCGCGACACCCCGCCGCGCACAUGCCCUCGCAUCUGGGCUCCUACUACUAGACAUCUCAAACAUCUCAAGAACACACCAGACUGGAGAGAGCAACCCAUCCGCCGGCGCUGCUGCCAGAGAAACACUCACCGUAUUUAGACAGGAGACCGUCUGCGAUCCGCUCGCACAUCCAGAAGCUUAGCCGGAAUGUGAACGUGGCUGUAUAGCAUGUUAAUGAGCCGCUGCAUGAUCAAGUAUAUAUGUUCAUGUGUGCCUUAUUGUACAAACAUAUCAGAGAGAGUUCAGAAGGUCUGAGAGAGAGAAGGUGAGAGGAAGAGGAAGACAGGACUGAGGUAUGAGAGAUGAUGAAGAAUGACGGCCGUUCACAUGAAGGACGAUAACGUAGGGCUGCACGAUAACGGUUAAUCACGAUUACUUGCUCAAAAAAUAUAAUCACAUAUUUUGUAUUUCAUCAGAUUGAUUGCAGUUUCACAUAAGCAUAAAUCAACUUGCUUUCGAUUUAGUUUCAGCAAGCAGCGCAAACAGACUGGCUUUAUUAUGCUAUUAUUUGAGCAGAAUAUCUCAGUGGAGACUGAUGAACUCCAAUAUUUUCCAUAAUGUAGAGAGAGCGCGAGCGCAUGGUUGCCAAGUUGGGAAUAAAUUAAAUAAACCACCAGGGUUGCCAAAUCCACAGUUUUACUGUUAUGCGUGUUGUUUUUGAAGUCUGCGGGUUAAAGCGAUCUCCCCAGAACACUCUUUUCGACAGAAACCACAUAAAACAUGAUUGGGCUAGUUUUGAUUAUCAAAUUUUUUUUGGCAACCCUGUAAACCACUGGACAGAAAAUGUAUCAAUUUAAGAGAAAAGCUUUGAUUGGGGGAUUUAAACACUUUACAUCUGGCAACCGUGAACACUUGUAAAAGCUUGCUACCGAUGCAAAAUAAUGGCAAUGUCAAAUAAAAAUGAAGUGUUUACAGGAUAAAUAACCAGCGGGCAAAUAUUGCAGACAGUUAUGCUUAACGAAAUUGAGAGAAGCAGAAAUGGUGAUCAUGAUUAAUAUACGAUUCAUCAUGCAUCAUGAUAAAGGAAUAACGAGUUCAUGCCACAACUAUAACGAUAACGACACAAAUGAACGAUUUCGUUGGAAUCACUUUCAGGGUGAUUUUUUU